AUGAACGAGACGGCUCUGUUCCUCACCUGGUCUCCACCUAGCGACAGCGGUGGCAGGAAGGACCUGACUUAUAACAUCAUGUGCCAGCGCUGUGGCAGUGGCGCCUCCGGUGGCGAGGAGGACUGUGAGCCGUGUGAGACCGACCUGCGCUUCGUACCACGCCUCCUGGGCCUCACCGGGACCUCGGUGGCUAUUCUGGACUUUGCCACACACGCCAACUACACCUUCCACGUAGAGACGGUCAAUGGAGUGUCUGGACUGGGAGGAAACACCAGGCCCCUGGCAAACAUCACUGUUACUACUGACCAGACUGGUCCUUCUCUGGUUGGCGUGGUGAGGAAGGACUGGGCGUCUGACAACAGUAUCGCCCUCUCCUGGACGGAGGUGGAACAGCAGCCCAACGUCAUACUGGACUAUGAGAUCAAGUACUACGAUAAGGAACAGGAACAGUCGGGCUACUCAUCGACCCGUACCAAGGCCCUGGGCGUCGUGGUGACCGGUCUCAAGCCCUCCACUGUGUACGUGUUCCACGUGCGCGCUCGCACCGCCGCGGGCCUCACCGCUUACAGCAACACGGUUCACUUCUCCACCGGGGACGAGUACUCAGGCAUGGCAGCUGACCAGGGGCAGGUGCUCGUGGUUGUCACGGCAGCCGUGGGCGGGUUCUCCCUGCUCAUCAUCCUCACCCUCUUCUUCCUCAUCACUGGACGGUGUCAGGUGUUCAUCAAGGCUAAGAUGCAGUCAGACGACAAGAGGAGGGCUCACUUCCAGAACGUGCUUCCUUUCCCUGGUAUCAAGACAUAUGUGGAUCCUGACACGUAUGAAGACCCAACGCAGGCUGUCCACGAGUUCACCAAGGAGAUAGAUCCUUCUAGAAUACGCAUCGAGAGGGUGAUAGGAGCAGGUGAGUUCGGGGAGGUGUGCAGCGGGUGUCUGCGUACCCCAGGUCAGAAGGAGAUCCGGGUGGCCAUUAAGACCCUGAAGGGAGGCUACGUGGAGCCCCAGAGAAGAGACUUCCUCAGAGAGGCCUCCAUCAUGGGACAGUUUGACAACCCCAACAUCAUACGGCUGGAAGGAGUGGUCACCAAGAGCAGACCUGUGAUGAUUGUGGUGGAAUACAUGGAGAACGGAUCCCUGGACUAUUUUCUGAGGCAGCAUGAUGGCCACUUCACAGUGGUCCAGCUGGUGGGGAUGCUGCAUGGCGUGGCGUCAGGGAUGACCUACCUGUCUGACUUGGGCUACGUGCACCGUGACCUGGCCGCUCGCAACAUCCUGGUAGAUGAGGGUCUGGUGUGUAAGGUGUCUGACUUCGGCCUGUCCAGAGUCCUAGAGGACCAGCCUGAGCCUGCAUAUAACACCAUGGGGGAUAAGAUCCCGGUCCGUUGGACAGCUCCCGAGGCCAUCACCUACAGAAAGUUCUCUUCAGCCUCCGACGUCUGGAGCUACGGCAUCGUCAUGUGGGAAGUGAUGUCGUACGGGGAGAGACCUUACUGGGAGAUGUCCAAUCAGGAUGUGAUCCUGUCUAUAGAGGAGGGUUACCGUCUCCCUGUCCCCAUGGACUGUCCUGGGGUUCUGCACCAGUUGAUGCUUCACUGCUGGCAUAAGGAGAGAGGGCAGAGACCUCACUUCAACAGCCUGGUCUCCUUCCUGGAUAAACUCAUCAGGAACCCCACUAGUCUACUGACACUGGUGGACAACAGUUUUCCAGAAUCACUGGAGGACGUGCCGGACUACCCUCUGUUCAUCUCCAUCGGUGAUUGGCUGGACUCCAUCAAGAUGAGCCAAUACAAGAACCAGUUCCUGGCAGCAGGGUUCACCACCCUGGACUCUGUCUCCACCAUGAGUAUAGAGGACAUCAGGCGUAUCGGUGUGUCUCUGAUUGGCCACCAGAGGAGGAUAGUGAGCAGCAUUCAGAGUCUCCGUCUACAGUUCCUCACCGUCCAACACAACGGCUUCCACAUCUAA